GCCUGCCUUCCCAGGUACGGCAGCAGGGCAGAAGCAGCCUCAGGCCCCUCUGGCUGCCUGCAAGUCAGCGGGGCCUGAGGUGGAGCCCUCGGCAGGCCCAUGGGGUCUCUUGUGCUGGCUUCAGUGACACAUCAAAGGGGUCUUGGGCAGCUCUUGGCUUCCCUUACCUUUGUUUCUCCCCUUUCCUCUUUUCUACCUCUCUUACUUCACCCUGCUUGGUCUUCUCCUUCUUCUCUUACUUCUCUUCUAGACUUGUUUAAACAUGUUCACAACAAUGUUCUUCUUGCAUAACACUUCACUGAAGCAUUCUCUUAAAAAAUCCCAUUAUCUUAAUAGCUUGCUUUUCUGUGUAAGUCUAUUUUUCUGCCUUUUCUGUCCCUUUAUUUUACACGUCCAGGCCUGAUCUCUUUGAAACAGUGUGCACAUUAGAAGGAAAAAAAAAAAAAAGACCUAUAAUACUGUCAGUUUUCUUCAGGCACCUUUCCAGUGCAUUUAGUGUAACUGAAGGGAACAGUCUCCUUGGCUAAAGCAGGCAGACUGGAUCCUGGACACAGCUCCUGGGCUCGGCUGUGCCCUUGGCUCCCAUUCUGCUUUCAACACAGCAGCAAAAACUGAACAAAGGUUUUCUUCAUCACUUGUGGGCCCAUCCUGGUUUACAGAGGAUUGCCAAAUUAACAGAAUUUAUGAAAGGUGCCAACACUCUCUUCUCAGAUGACCUCUGCAGUCCUCUGACACUUAAGAAGGCGGCAUGAUUUAAUCUUCAGGCAAGCUGUACUACAGCCGACCCCCGGCAAUGCCUGUGCUGUUGCCUCUAGGCUGGUUCAGCGUCUCCAGCGGGGAAUUCGUAGCACCCAGGGGCUGGCGUCUUCUCCUGGCGGAAGCUCAACCAUUUAAAGAGAAGGGGAGGGAAAAAAAUCCCAAUCAGGACGUUUGCACAAGCUGUUCUCUGCUUGCCCGCCUGGGUGUUCUGCUGAAGGUCUGGGACAUCUGCAGCAAGGGGGAGCGGCGGCGGCCGGAGCGUGCCCUGCCGGGCUGAAGUUCUGCCGCGCCGGGGGCUGUGGGUGCGCGCAGCCGGGGGGGGAGCGGGGCCGCACCGCGCUACUCGCAGCGCACGCAGACAGACGUGAUUAAAAUUCCAGCCUAAUGGCCUCUGGCAUAAACAACAUUCAUCAGCCCGGGACUUGCAAUGGAUCUAAAGCCGCUCGCAGCAGCUUGGCAGAGGAGUGCAACCGGGAAAUGCACAUGAAAAUGUGCAAGAAGAUUGCCCAGCUCACUAAGGUGAUAUAUGCCCUGAACACUAAGAAUGAUGAAUAUGAGGACAGUAUACAGGCUCUGAGAGAGGCUCAUGAAGAAGAAAUUCAGAAUAUUCUUGCUCAAACAAGAGAAACAAUUCUCCAGUGUAAAAGCAAAGUUGAGGAAGAACAGUUACUGAGAAAGCAUAUUCAGGCCCUUGAAAUUGCAGUAGCACAACACAAGAGAUUGAAGGAAGAAGCCUUGGCAGAGUUAAUAUUGUGUAAAAAGCAAGCAGAAGAGAAGGAGUCAAGAACAGAAGUGAAACAAGCACAGAUGGGCCUUUCUACAGACACAGUGGAAACCAAUGCAGGCUUUGAAAACAAACUUCUACAUUUAAAUCAGGAGUUUGAUGGACUUCUAAAUGAAUGCAAAGCAUUUAGAGGAGAAAAUCUAGAUAAAAAAGUAAAUUUAGAUGAAAAAUGUAGCGUGGAAAGACACACUGUAAUAAAUGAGAUGGAAAACCUGAAGGGUGAGAACCAGAAAACAACUGAAGAAUAUACUCAGAAAACAAGGAAACUGCAAGCCCCUUGUGAGACAGAAAAAGAGACUUUGAAAAAAGCCAUGCAGCAGUCAUUAGAAACAAACUGUCAGCAAAGAGAAAUAGAGCAAAAGAAGGGCUCAGAGACUGAGGAAGGUUUUUUGCUGCAGCAGGUAAAGAAGUUGGAAGCAGACCUAGAGGAGAAAAGCCAGAAGAUAAAUGAGAGGAAGAAGCAUUCCCAGAAGCUGAAGGAGCGAAUACAGGAGCUCCAAACACAGCUAGAUGAAUUUAAAAGAAAAUCUGAAAGUGAACUAAAGCAACUAGAGAAAGAAAAAGAAGUUCUAACUGGGAAGCUUCAAAACGCUUCACUUGAGGUGGCUCAGCUGAAGCAAAUAUUAGAACAACAAGCAAGUAAUUUCAAGGAGUCACUGAAGAAACAUAAUCUACAAUCCAACAAAGAAAAAGAGAAGCUUUUGCAGGAUCUUCAAAACACCAUUAAAGAAAACCAAAAUGUUAAACUGCAGUUGGAGGCAUCACAUCAAAAAGUCUUAAAAAUGUUGGAGAAAAGCAAGAAUCAAGAACUUAAGGAGGCAGAAGAACGUUUGAAAAAGGAAUUUAAUGAGACUUUCAAGAUCCAACAUCAGUCUCAUAGGCUGGAAAUACAAACCUUGGAAGAGAAAGCAAAGAAAGAAUUACAUUAUGAACUUGAGCAGAUACAGAAGCAGCAAACCCUGUUGCUAGGAUCUCUAAGGAUGGAACUCUCUGAGCAACAGACAUCAUGCACAAAUCUAAAGAAACAAAUAGAAGAACUACAAAUGGAGCUGAGGAGUGUGAGGACACUGAAGAAGCAACAGGAAGGAAGUAGCCAAAGCCAGAUCAGAUCUCUUCACGAAGAACUGGAGAAAUGUCAGAGUGAAAUCUCUGAACUCAAGAAAGAGAAUUUACUUUUGAAGGACACCAUGGAGCUACUCAGUGCUGAGUUGGAGUCACAGAAGCAAGAAUCUGUGCAGCUUCAGGAUAGAGAUAAACAGCAUAGAAGACUUAAAGAAUUAGAAGAAAAGUCAAGAAAGUGGGAGUCCAGGCCUGAAGAUACACAUCUUAUAAACUGUCUGCAAGACAAAUUAAGUGAGAGAGAAGAGAUUAUCAAGCAGCUGGUGGAAGGAAGAAAAUGUCAGCAUACACUUUCAGCCAACCCUGAAUCUUACAGGAAUCGGUCCUUUUCUUUCAACCCCAAUACAGCAUGCCUGACUCCCUCCAUGAAGCAGCAGAAGAAAAGGGUUGAGGUGCCCAGUCGUGUUGUCAGUGUUCCGAAUUUAGCUUCCUACGCAAAGAGCUUUUUGAGCUGUGACUUAAGAUCAAAAAGAAGUGCUCCUCAAAUAACAAAAUCUACAAGCUUAGACCGGAGUCCUGGCUGCCUCAGGGUGGGCUCUCCAUCAGCACAGUCCUCAGACAGCAGUGCUGCCACAAGGUAUUUGUCCAUUUUGCAUGAUGAUAAAAAUCUUGUAGGCAAUUCAAACAUAUUAGACGUGGAAAUACACAAUAGUGUAAGGUUCCUAGUGUGCAAUGAACUCUGUGUGUUUGGUUUUCUGCAGACAGAUCCAGAACUUUACUGCAAAAGUGGGCUAUAACCACUGCCCAGCAGACCUUAUGCUUGCAACCCCUCCUGGUAGGAAAAAAAAAACCAAACAACCUGAAACCACACAGACACACACACAUACAGACACAAACACAAAUAUAAAAAUGAAAAAAAAAAGAAAAAAAAGAAAAGAUGCUGCAUGAAUUUAACUAAGAAGGUAUUUAAUUGUGAACAUGGCAUCUUUCAGUGGUUCUGGUAAGGAUGUGUCUUCCUUCUUAUUUUUAUUGCCUCACCUUGCACUUGGUAGAUGUAGAUGGCAUGUUCUUAUUUUAGGAGAUAGUUGAAUGAAUCUAGGCUGAUCAUUUGGCAAAAGUUAGAGACUUGAAGACUAAUUAGCAGAUACUUAAUAUCUUUGCUUUUUUAUCUCUGAGGAGCUUCAAUUCUUCAAAUUUAUGAGUUACGUAAAUGAUGUUCAGCGUUUUAUAACAUGAAGUCUCUCUUCAAGAAAUGGUUAAAAAUGUAUGUAGCUAAUAUACAGUUAAAAAGUCCCCAAAUCUUGUAUUUCAGGACAAAAUAGCCUUCUGGCCUAUCUCCUGGUGGAGAUUUAGUUAUCCUGUAAAUUGUGUGCAAGAACGUUCUUUCCUUGGGGGCAGAUGGUGCAGACUGCUGACAAAAACAACCUGGGACACAGGCUUAGGUUCUGUUUGGCAAUUCCCACUUCUUAGAGAUACAAACGUGCUGUGUCAUGCCAGAUGACUGCCAAGGCAAAUGGGAUUUCUGUUUCAAAGGGAAACAAAAGUACAGGGAGACUGAGGGUUACUUGGCUGCCACUUGCUUAAUUCUUUUUAAUCAGUCAGUCAUAAAUUAAGUUCUAUUUGCUAUCAUUUGUUAAAAAAAUCCUGAAUGAUGGAAAAUCAGGGACUAUGUAAUAGGACUGAUUAUGAAUGCCAGGUAGCAUUCAGAUAAAUCUUUCAGUUUCAAAUAGAACUUUUACCAAACAUUUUUAAUGCAUAAAUUGUAUUUCGUAUUUUUAAGAGUGAACUGCAGCUACCAUUCUCAGAUUUUCAAGACUUUGUAUCCUUGAAGCAUCCUUUUGGUUUUUUUGGCUGUCGAAUUAAGAACUAUGUUCAAACUUUUCUCCAUUGCUGUUAAACUCUGCUCCAUGCUUUUCUUCAUGUUACAACCAGUGCUGCUAGUCCAGUUACCUGGCUGGCACAGAUGCCACUAAAACUGGCACCAUUUGGCCUCAUCCAUUCAUGGGAGCACAGAACCAUUCAUGGGACGAUGAGUUUUUCUGGGAAAAGUAUUACAUAUUGAUAAGAUUGUAAGUAGGUCAGUGAUGCUAAUGCUUAUUUGUUUGCACAGGACAUAUGGCAAUGAACCACCACAAAUCAAAGACGACCAAAAACAAGACCCUCAGCAUCAAGAAUGGUUUACCAAGUAUUUUUCAUUUUAAAGCAAACUAUUUCCAUACUUCUCAAAAUUACUAUAGAAGUCAUUCCUGUUUUCUUUUGAGGAAUGAUAACCCAAUAGGUGAUUUAAGGGAAGAAAAAAGUAAUUUCUAAGUGAAGUUAGUAAAUACCUGCACUCUCUUAUAUUUAGUAAUUAUGAGUUACAGGCAUGAAUUUCAGGAAAAUGCAUUUUUUUAACAACUUCUGUAAAAAAUGAAGAAAAAGUUUGGAUAUAGUUAUGGAAAAAGACUUUUUAAUCAAGAGACUGUACCACUCCACAAUUUCAUUAAAUAUGGAAUUUGGACUCCCAUACGUUCUGUCAGUUUGGCAUCAGCUGAAAAAAAGAUCUUCCUUCUGUACAUUUAUAUGCUUGCUUCUCCAGCUGUUUAAAGUAAGAUCUGCAUAUAAUAUUGUAAUUUAAAAAGUUUUUAAUGCUCUUUGUUAAAUGAAUUUUAAGCUGUACAGCAUGUUGUACACCUUCAAAAAUGGCAUCUUUAUAGCAGGCUGGUUUAGAAAUAAUUUCUGGUUUACUUCAUAAACUGUUUUGUAUAGUCAGCAUUGCUAUGUAAUAUUCCUAUUGAAUUUCAAUAUAUGUAUCAACUUGGUAAAUUAGGAUGAUGUGUAAGUAAGAACAUUAAAACUUGUAAAUUAUCCAGUUUCUAUGUUUUUCAAAAGAGUUCUGUUAUGCUGAAGUAAGUCAGACUUGAACACUGAGUUCCAGAGUGAUGACAACUGCACCCUUGUACCUUUUAACUCCAUACUAGUUUUAUGCCCACAUAAAAGCAAAGUAGGGGAACGACUCCAUUUAUCAGAUCAUGCUAAUGCACAGCUGGCAGGAGAGAACCCAUGAAGAGGUUGACUCUUGGGCAAUUAACCCCAGAAGUGUGCAAGGCAGGGAAAUGCACAACCAGCACCUGCUGUCUAAGGCAGGAUGAUAGUUCCUCUUCAAUUGCUUUGAAACCCCAUUUCGUUUCAACUAUCAGGGCCCAGCUACAUAAAAAAAAUUUUACAUGUGCAAAGAGGGGUACCUCCAGCCAAACCUCUUCUUACAUCCAACAGCCAGCAAGAGCUACAGCAAAAGAUGCAAACAUUUCAGACAAAACAUCUCACUAGUGGUGCAAAGGUGGAAAGAAGGGCAGAACACUUCUACACGGCAAUACUUUUCAUCCCUGUUACCUAAAUUUUUUUCCAAGAGGAAAUGCUUGGUUGGAAAAGUGACUUUGGCAGUAGAUUUGGCAAAAAGGCACUUUUCAUACUUGUAACCAAGAAAGAGAUUAAAGUGUACAGUACCACUGAUAGGUACCGUGGCAUCUGUAAGGAUGGAAACAUACAGCAGUUUUCAUUACUUUUCAUCCACAUUGCCCCAAAAACACUAGAAAUUUCAAUACACAAUUACCAAUUCUUUUUUCCAGGGUUACAACAAUUACUCAACUCUGCCCCCAAAAAAGUGUAUGUAGAAAAGUGGUUAUAUGGAUGUAUUAAAUUUGUUGCUUAGUAACACACUGACAGGACUCUUCGGCCAUUUCUACCUCUGAAAUCCUUUUUGGUUCCAUUUAGCUUACCAAGUAGAGCACUGCAAUAGAAGGUAAUUCUGUAUACUGGCCAGUGGUGAUGAUCCUACCUCCACAAAGAGUGGUCUGUAUUUUGGGGACAGGUAUUUUGGAACACCUCUUCAAUAGCCCAAGAGUCAGAACAUCAGUAACAUGAGGCCUGCAUUAAAAAUCUCACUAUUUUGUGUGCGUUUUUCCAUUUCAGUUCAUCCUGUAAGAACCAAAUUUGCAGAUCCCAAGACACCUUCCAUGAGGGGAGCCAGUCUGGUAGAGAGUGACAAUUCACUUCAAAACAAAGUGAUUUGACCUACAUACAGACAAUUCUCUGCAGGGGUACUCAAGGAUAAUGACUGGAUCACAAAACAUUUAAAUAUUCCAGUAAAAUCAAACACUAAUCUUUGCAGAUAUUCUGAUCAUACCAAAAAG